AUGAAGGAAAAGCAAUCUAGCGCCCCUGUUAUUCCAUUUGAAAGAGUAAAUGAGCGCGUUGCAGCUGCUACAGGUAUAUCUUUACGAACAGUUGCAAGAAUUACAAAUGAAGGGAAAUUAGCUGAAGAAUCGUCAAGUAAAAUAGUAACACCGGGGAAAAAAAGAAAAACAAGGAAGGAUAAAAUUGUUAUGGACAAUUUUGAUAUUGGUGUUCUUAGACGAAAGAUUCAUGAGUUUUAUUCUUGUAAAAAAGAAAUACCAACAGUGAAUAAGUUGCUUCGUCUACUUAAAGAAGAGAUUGGAUUCACUGGCAGUAGAGAAAUUCUCAGACAGCACAUAAAAAAGAUUGGUUUUCGAUAUAAAAAAACUAAAAGCAAUAGAAAAGUACUGAUGGAACUUAACGAUAUAACUGCUUGGCGCGCUCUUUAUCUUCAGACUAUAAAGCGUAAUGACGAGACAGAAAAAUUACCAGUUGUUUACUUAGAUGAGACAUAUAUUCACUCCGGUCAUACAGCUGGUAAAUGUUGGCAGGAUGAUGAUGAAGAAGAAUACACAAGACCACAAUUGUUGGAAAUUGUCAACAGAUAUAAGCCAGAACCAGUGUAUGCUGUUGAUGCUAUUUUAAAAGGACUGGGUCACAAGAUAUCGCGUUUACCACCGUAUCAUUGUGACCUUAAUCCCAUUGAAAUGAUCUGGGCAUCAAUGAAACACAAAGUAGCUGAGGUAAAUAUUGGCAAACCAGCCAAUCAAAUGCCAGAAAUGGUACAGGAAGCUUUUAAUUCCAUUCCCGUCGAAGAAUGGCGCAAUCAUUGUGCCCACGUUAAGAAACAUGAAGAAGAAUACAGAAGUAAAGAUGGAUAUUUGGAUGCACCUUUCAUCGUGGAAUUAUGCUCUGAGAGUGAAGAAAGCAGUGAUGAAGAUUCUCAAGAUGAAAGUGAUGAAGAAUUUAAUAGCAUUGAACCUCUCGCCAUAGUUCAUGCAGAACAUAAUUAUAGUAAAAAAAUUUGA